AUGAUAUCCCGUGGUCGAAGUCGAAGAGGAGACAGCGAUGACGAAGGCGCUGCGCCUCCCGUCAACCAUCGGUACUCUGGAAUGCCUGGAAUGGGCAGCAGCAGCGCCAGUCACUAUGGUUCCAGCAGUGUCGAUGGAAGUCGAAGCAGCGCUGGUUUUUCUCGCGCUAUGACAGCACCUAUCAACAUGACCAACAACCACACAGGAUACUAUCAACAGCAACAGCACCAUCACUAUCCACAACACUACUCGUCGUCUGCGUCGGCUCAUAGCACACCGCCUCUCCCUUCAGCAGGAGUAGGAGGCGGACCCGCCAUGAUGGUCAGAGCCAGUACGUCGUCCAGUCGAUACAGCCAAGGAGCCCCAAGGUCCACCAAUCUACCGAGUCGUUGGGUCUUGGAUGAAGGUGACAGGGCGUUGAUGAGCGUCACCUCCAUGGCACGUAGUGAUUUCCGGCUAGGGCAUGGUCCCACAGGCGAUCAAACCUGUCUCGUCGCCAUGCCCAAGGGAAACCCCGGCAACAACAGCUGCUUGGUGGUGUCAAAUCACUCCAUCCCUGUCGAAUAUCUAAAAGAGGUCGCUCUGAAAAAUGUAGAUCAACAAAAUGGUAGUGUCGGAUUGCUGGACGACCUGAGUGCCUCAUCAGGGACCAUUGAUCAGAUUCUCUCAAACUUGAGGAGUAAACCCUUUGGGGUCAGCAGCAGCGCCAAACGAGCUACUAGCGCAUCACUAUACCCCACUCUUCCGGGCGAACGAAGUGCCGGCACAAGAGAGAACAGCUACAGAUCGAGCACCGGUGAAGACGCUUCUAGCCGCAAAACGACAAGCAGCCCAGUAUACUACUUUGAAGUCACUAUCCAAUCAUUGCCACAAGACGCCACAGUUUCAGUUGGCAUGGUUGUCAGCGAUGGACCUCCCCCCGGAGGCGAAAAUCCAAACGUUCCCGGUGAGAUUAAGAACUCAAUAGGGAUCACGUCAAAGGGGGAACUCAAAGUUAGUGGAAGAAAGAUAGACGAAAAGAAGUUCCACCUCGAGGGGUUUCAGGUCGGAGACGUGAUUGGGUGUGGUUUGGAAGUACUGGGCACUCGACGGAUACUCUUCACUAAGAAUGGAAGGACUGUGAUCCCACCAACACGCUUUCAAGAUGUCGAACCAAAACACAAUGCAUAUUCACCCUCCAUUGGUAUUGUUAUGACACCCAUGGGAGGAGCCAGCAGUAGCGGCGUCAGUGCAGUGGCAAACUUCGGGGCUAAAUCAGGACUGCCAUUCAGCUGGGAAGAAUCGGAGCUACUGCAGAUUGUUAACAGUAGUCUGAACCAGGCUAUGGAACAGGAGAAGAAGCCAGCAGCCUCGGCGAUGAAAAUGCCGUCCAUGAACGGUCAUCAUUCGUCCGGAGUGUACUCGUCACCGCUACCUAUGGAAUCGGAUUACUUUGAACAAACGUCGGCUCCGCCCUCUCAUUCCUACAACUUCGGCAAGCCAAGCAAAAGAUCGAGUGGACUCCUCGGAAGCGAUGUGGCCUCCACUUCGUCAGCGGGUAGGGUGGGCGACACAAGCCCAGUGCCUUCGUACGGCUCAAGAGCAGGGAGAGGGAUGUUAGACGAUGACUCGGACAACGAUGCAGACAACAACAGCAACCACAUGAACCAAUAUCGAGCCGGAACAGAUCGUGCUGCUGACGUUGCACCAUCGAAAGGUUCACCGUCGAGAGGUCGGAAGAGCGAGUCCCCUUCGUCAAACGCAAAAGCCUCCGCAAAAUCUGAUAGUAGAAGUAAGUCCCCAAGAGGGCUCUUCAAUUUUGGCAGGACGAGCAAAAAGUCGCCACAAGAUGGAAGUACAUCGCCGGUGCCUUCACACGGCGGCGAAUCAACCACCAAUUCACAUCGCAAGAAUGCAUCUAGAUCGAAUUCGCCUAUAUUUCUUGGUUCCAAGAGGAAAAAGAAAAAGGAUGGCGGCCUCCUUGACGAUGACGGAGACGAUGAUGACAUGGGUCAACAGCGAGACUUCCAAAGAGCACCGAACCACAGUGCUCAGGAAGUGCCUCCUGCGCUGCGUCAAACGCCGUCUACGAAACUUGCACCUGCGCUUCGUUCGACGCCGUCUACCAAACUUGCACCCGCACUCCGGUCAACACCUUCUAGCACGCUGCGUCAGAUAUCAUCUUCUAAAGGAGCUCCGACCCUUCGUCAGACGCCAUCCAACAAAGGAUCAAAUUUGUACGCAGCGAUGAAUGGGCACGCUAACUCAGGCACACCACCUGCUGCGGCAGCAAACACUCCAACAGCACCAGCGGCUGCUUCGAUGCCAGCACCUCCUACGUCGUCGUCUUCUGGCGACGCACUGUUUGGAAGGAAAAGUAAAAAGAGCAGCCUAGACGACGACAACCCCACAGAUAUUCAGAUUCAAAAGCAAGUUUCCAGCAGCAUGUCCCCAGCAAGAGCACAAUCAUCUCAAUCAACGCCAAGCAGUGCCCCCAAGGCUGCACCUGCGCCGAUGCUCUUUGGCAAGAAGAGCAAGAAAAGCAGUCUCGAUGACGAUAAUCCAGAUGACGUGAAACUACAAACAGCAAUUUCAAACAGCUUCCCAACAGAGUUGGCCCAAGCCAUGUCGGGACCCAACUCGAGUCCAAACGCUUCCGCAAUGGCUUCGGCCGCAGGAGCAGCGCAGACACCGAAAAAUGCCCAAGACCCAGGGCAGCCGAUGAUGUUUGGGAAGAAGAGCAAAAAGAGCAAUCUGGACGAGGACAACCCUCAAGAUCUUCAUCUUCACAACACUAUUGGGAAUUUACCGAGUUCAUCAGGAAAUACGCCACCAAACAGAUACAGCGGUAACACCGCGAAUUCUCCGCAGUCGUCCGCUCCUUCGAGUGCACAAAAUGGAUCGGGAGGCAUGCCUAAUAGAUAUGCAAACGCACAGGGGUUGCCAUCGACUUCGUCUAAUGGGCCAUCCUCAUCGGGCGGUAUGCCGAGUCGAUACGGUGGAAGCGCAGGAAAUCCGUCCUCGUCAAUACCAUCUUCGAAUCCAUCCGCAGGGCAGUAUGGAGGGCGAAAUGCUCAGUCGGUACCAACACCGUCGAGUGCACCGUGCUCCUCUGGAGGAGCGCCGAGUAGAUUCGGCGGUAAUUCGGGAAACGCGCAGUCAUCACCACCAAACGCACUCUUUUUCGGCACCAAGAGCAAGAAAAGCAGUCUUGACGACGACAACCCCAAUGACACACAGCUGCAAUCAAAUUUUGCUCAACUGUCAUCCAAUUCUGUUGUAAAGCCAGGUAUCCCCGUAGCGACCAACAACGGCAGCGGAGGUGCAGCAGCGGGGAUACCAGCAACAACCGGUGGUGCCCCUGGUGGCGCUGGUCGGACACCUGCCUUUUUCGGAUCCAAAAGCAAAAAGAGCAGCCUCGAAGAUGACGACCCAAAUGAUAUGCGGUAUCCUAAUGACAAUCCCAUGACGUUUGGAACGAAAAGCAAAAAGAGUAGCCUUGAGGAUGACGACCCAAACAACGGUUCUCAAUACCCGACAAGCACGCCAAUGACUUUUGGCUCUAAAAGCAAGAAAAGCAGUCUCGAAGACGAUGACCCUGACGACGACCGGUACCAAACCCAUUCCGCCAUUCCGGCUGGCUUUAACUUUGGGAAUCCUAGCAAGAAAAGCAGUCUUGAAGACGAUGACCCCAACGAUGAACGGUAUGAAAGCCAUUCCUCGUUGAACGCAUCGUUCAAUCUUGGCAAUCCCAGCAAGAAAGGCAGCCUCGAGGAUGACGACGACGAAGACGAUGCGCAGCAGCAAGCCAUGCAAACUGGGGCCACGCCAAAUUCAACGGCACUUGCCGGCUCUAGCGGCCACAACAGACGCCAAUCCAACCCUCCAAGGUCUCAGAAUGCCCCGAGACCUCAGAAUGCCCCGAGACCACAAACUUCUUUGUUUGGUUCUAAGAGCGCAAGGAACAGUUUGGAAGAUGACGAGCCUUCUGACAAUCGAUACCCCAAUCAUGCGUCUUCCGGAAAUCCAGCUACGUUUGGAGCCCCAAGCAGAAGAAGUAGUCUUGAAGACGACGAUCCUAACGAUGGAACCUAUCAGAAUCAUGUGUCAAUGUUUGGCUCACGGAGCAAAAAGGCAACCUUCGAAAACGACGAGCCCAACAAUCAUGUCAGAUACCCCGCUUCGGUGCCUGGACAAGGGCCGGCACCCAACGCCAAUUCGUUUAUGCAAAAUAGCUCACGUCCAAGCGGUGGCAAUGCAACGCCCGGGCAUGGACAUGCUGCUGGUAUUCCAGCAACCAAUCCAGCCGGGCCACGCUCGAGCAUGCGCAUGUCACUGACUGGGCCUUUUCAGGGCAACCCAACACCUGCGCCUCGAGAGCAUCCUCCGCCCAACAACAGCAUGAACAACAUGCCUCAGCCAAUGCCACAAUCUUCACCUACCAACCAUGCGCCGCAAAGAAAUUCGAUGAUCAACAGUAUGCACCAAACCCCAACACAACAGAACCAGCACCAGCCGAUGCGUUCAAGACCAUCACUCCCACUGUCCUCUUCCGUCAAUUCAAACUCCAGCAAACGAGACUCGGUCAGCUCCAACGCACCGCCUUCGUCCACCUCGUCGCACCAGCAAGCUCCGGGUGCCAGCGAAGACGACAUGCUCAGCCAGGCGAUUGAAGAGAGCAAACGUGAUCAGAAGAAGCAAGAACUCAAAGGACAAAUAGCAGAUUCGGGUCCUCUCAAGGAUCCCGAAGAAAUUGAGACGAUACGAGAGAACACACGCACGUUACGACAACUCUGCUCGGACGAAAGGGUCGAUGCAUCAAUACUCGAAAGCCUUUUGGAGUGUUGCCGGGAAGACCAAGCCAAAGUACAAGCUUGUCUGGAGAGUGACGACCCUCAGGUUGACCUUAUGGAAAUGCUGACGUUGAACGAACUUGUUCUUGAAGCCAUAAAGAUGGGUCAAAAGGUUAUUGAAGGAUCGAAAAAGAAGGCGUCCACUUUAUCGUCGUCGAGAAGCUCCAAAACAAACCUGAACCUUGACAUUGGAGCGCUUGUAGAAAAGAAGGACAUCUUCAGUCUGAUUUGCAUUCUCCGUGCACAAAGUGACCAAAGACUCGAUGCGGCCUUGGCCUUGAUGAAUUUUGCAAGGGAAGCCGACAGUCUGGCUGAAGCUGGGACGAGAAGCCUACGAGACGAAAUCAGAUCGUCGGGAGGGAUGCAUUCCCUCAUAACAGUUUUCCGUUCAAAGGGUGCCAGUUACGAGCUCAGGGUGGUGUCAGCGUUGGCUGUUGCCUACGUGCUUCCUUCGUUUGUUGAAUCGUCCUCGGUGCAUCCUAGCGUUGGAUUGAAAAUCAUGGAGUGUCUGCGGUUCCUGAGCACCUCGCGAUCGGUGACUCCUAGCGGCAGGAGAAUAGCUCGAGAAGAGAUGUACAGAGCAGCCGCAAUGGGGGUGACCACAUUCUGGAUAAACGAACUCACACCGAUGUUGAAUGCUGGCGUACCGAAGGGCGAGACUCCGGCCGAGAGAUCUGAUCUCUUUACGAGGUCCAACAAGAAAGGGAGAAGGAAGGGUCGUACAGGGGGGCAGCGUCACCAGACUCUUGAAUUGCAAGAGCUUUUGGAAAUGACUGUAUCUUUGAUCGUCCAAAUCGAGCGUCUUGGUGAAAACGAUGCGUUCAAGAAGCAUCAAUCCACGCAGACAGACUCGCUCUUUCUGUGGCGAUACACCAACGUGGAACAGGUUUGUGCUGUGGACGUUGCUAGGCCCAUUGCAGUACGGGAGGGGUUGUUGCCCAUCUUGGUGGGUUGGAUUAGGUCCAAGGACAGGGAAAAAGUGAGACCUGCGGUAUCAGCAUUGCGCUAUCUAACCUCAAUCAAAGACAAGUACAUGGCUGGAUGGAUUCACUCUCAGAUGGUCAACGAAGGGGCUCUUUCGGAGGUUGUAGCACUUGCAGAUGAUUAUUAUGUGGGCCAAGAUGUGAGGCUGGCGGUUGCUCAGAUUCUGGCGUCGCUCUGUGUUGCCCCCCAUACAAGGGCAGCCGUUGUUGAAGCCAAGUGUAUCAAUUAUCUGAUUGGUUUUCUGUAUGAUCACUCUGAUAAAGCUUCGCAAGAUGUUGCGCUCUUUGCUGGAAGUGCCAUUAUGCAGCUGGCAGAAGGAGCCAUUACACGAGCAAGUGUGCUUGGUGGUGGAGAUACAGAGCUGCAGGACGGCGCCUCUCCCGAUAAAUCGGACACUCUCGUCGAUGAUAUUGUUAACAGCGGGGCCAUUCAAUCUUUCAUCUCCAUCGCAGCUCAUCACGAGGGGAAGCUUCGUUCAAUGGCAAUUGAAGCUAUCAAGGUUCUAAGUGAGGAUACUAGCCCGAACAGACGAACACGUUCGCAACUUUGCGAAGAGGGAGCAGCAAUGGCCCUUGGACGUGCUUUGAAGGAUGGCGUAACAGGGCUGCACAACCAGAUGAAGCCUACCAGUAGAAGUAGUCUUGGUUUCGGCCCGAGGCUGUCGAUCGACGAGUUGCACGAUGCUCUCUGUGCCUUAGCAAAUAUUCUUGAGCCAGUGCAACAUGGAAACGCCGCUACCACGAAACUACGUUUUGUCCCAUCGAACUCAGACCCAACACAAAACCUAAUUCAAGGAUGUAUUGAAACCGCAGAAAGUGGCGGCCUUGACAGCCUGCUUUGGAUUUCAUCUUUGCCGUUGACUGGCGCAGUCAUUACCAGUUCAGCCGAUUUGACAGUGCAACGAGUCGACUUGCUGGAAGAAGCUUGCCGUUCUCUUGCAUCUCUAUCGCCCCUCUUACUGUCCAAAGAACCAGCAGCACAGGGUUACGCGAGAUGCGCAGAUAGCAUACUUGAGGCGUUCGAUCGAAUCCUGAUGAUGGACUCCAUUGAUUUUGGCGACAACUCCAGCUACGGAAGCGAGGAACAAUACGAGCGAGAAGCUAUGCUUGAAUUGAAUAUCAGCGCUCUUCGCGGGCUGGGUUCUCUUGCCACUGCCGAACCUUUGAAGAUCAAAAUAGUCGACAAAACAUUGCCGUGCUUGCUUCAGAUGAGAAACUCUCAAAAUAACCGGAGUGAUGUGUCCAAUGUAACUGGACAAGUGUUCCUAUCGCUGGGCUUUGAGGAAGAUGAAAUCGCUGUCCAGGUGGCUGGUAGUAACCCGAAUCUUCUGGCAGACUGGUUCUGCUUGCAGCGAUCGAUCAUUAUUCAGGCUAUGGCCAGGUCCGAGAUCCGACGAAUGCUUAUGCACAUUUGGAAGAUCCCGUUUUCUGAAAUCAAGAAAGACGGAGUGACUCGGUUGAUCAGAGAAACCAACGUGAAGAGGACAGGGGAAGACAAAGUAUCGGUUGACAGUUUUGCUGAAAGCUUUGCUGAGAUAGAUCUUUUCGAAAGCUUUGCUGACGAUGAUUACACUGAACAUGUUCGACAUUCAAUGGUCCGUCAGUAUCAUGAAUUCUACAACAUGGGGACUCCAACGAGGUCGGCCUUUUCAGUCGACAGAAUCGAGAACGAUCAGGACGAAGUCAGUCUGCUUGCCCGACACAUGUAUCCUCUGAGCGACACUCAAACUGAGAUCGACUGGAUCCUUGGUCACGACGAGUCGAUAUAUUCCAAGCCAAAAGUAGACCCAUCCAUCUGCAUCAACGUUUCUGCACCUGGACACGUCGAGGCGCUUCUGGAUUGCUGCUUCCCUUCAAGGCUGCUACGGAAUCACGUUGUGCCUGUGUUCAAUCUUCGAACCGAAGCUACAUUCAACUUCCGUGCCCUAACUAUGCCCCAGCGAAAAUAUUUCUCCUUCCGUCGGGAAGGGCAGCUCAUUUCUCGGUUAUGCGACAAACAGGCGGAAGCCCUCGAUUUUGAUGACGUUCAUUGGACUCUGGGUUUCAUGAACAGUACCUUCGCAGGAGAGUUUUCCGAAACCCUAGUUCAGGCAUUGUAUUUGUGUCCUACAAUUCGAGGGCUUUCGUUCGGAAAGAACGAGGAUUACUCGCGAUUGCGGGCCCUGGACGGAGAUGAAGAGCCAUCGCAGGAUGGAAGUGCUUCUCUGGCAAAUCUCGCCGGAUCUUUGCCACCUUGGAUUCAUUCUUUGACCUUCAGCAACAUAUUCAAUGACCGGGAAGUAAAAACGUUGGUUGGGAUAAUCGAAACGAUGGGAAAGCUUUCGUCGGACCAAGCCGCCAAGGCCUCGUCAAUGGGAGGCUUUGCUUCUCGAGGACGGGAUUCUCAAUCUGGCGCUCAAACACAAGGGAAAUUUUUCAGUUUUGGUAUCUGUUCCUCGCCGCGAGUGUCCCCAGAGGUCUGGCACUCUUUCUUCAGCCUACUUGGAAGAGCCAACAGUCUUCCUAGAAAGAUAGCGAGCUCACCGCUUUCGUCACUCAAGAUGCUUGACCUCAGCUUCAACAAUUUAGGGGAUGAGACAUGUUCACUGCUGCUGGAGCUUGCCCAUGAUCCAGAGUCUGGCUGUACCUUGGAGCAACUCGAUCUAUCAGGGAACGGGAUCAGGAAGGGUACGCAGGUGCUCAGCGUACUGCGUCGAUACGUGGAACAUCACAGGUACAAUGUCACAUCGGGAGGCAAAAACGAUCGAAGUUGGCAAUCCUCGCUUCAAGUGCUAAACUUUUCUGCGAACAAUCUUGGGGCGGGCAAAGCAGCUGUUGAGAUCGUGGGGUUGCUGCAGCACAAUGCACUGGCUCUCAAGGUUUUGGAUUUGUCGAGCAAUGGUUUUGAAUCGUCUAAUGUUGAGUACGAGCUCAGCAGCGCAAUUGUUACGUCUCUGGCGCACAACACGGUUUUGGUAAACUUGAAUCUGUCCAACAACAGCUUCAGCCCGGAUGCGUUGGAUGACAUGCUCUCUCAGCUUUCUGAAUCGCAAGCUGAUUUUGGUGUUGCAUUCCUUGGACUUGACAACAACACUCCUCCAUUGAGCGUCCUGCAAGAAAAUUGCUUGGAGCGGUUCUUGCAAAAAUCCAGAAGAUUUGUUCUUCAGAAGUGCUUGAACGAACGAGAUUCUUCGAUGAAUGGAGAUAUGCUGGGAACAGGAGCAUUGCCCGAAACCAACCCUGACAACUUGGGAUAUCAAAAGUCAAGCGAUUUGUCGAUAAUCGGAGAGUCCACUGUGCUGGCAAAUCAGGAAUCAGAUUUCAACAAGAGCACGUUUGACGACGUUGAGAUGCAACCGGGUGACAAUAUGAUUACGGUCCUCUUCUCUGCCCCUCUUGUUUUCACGAACGAAAGACGUCAACUGAAACCAUUUGCAAAGCUUGAUUUCGACAUGGAACGCGAGCUGAUGUGGCAGUGCAUGAAGGAGGCCUCCAGAGACAUUGAACUGUUCUUUGACAAUGCCACCCAUGACCGGCUUCUGGCUGCAAUUACCAAGCGUUGUAGUUGCCUGCAUUAUUCAGGUCAUGGGCAUCCAUCUUAUCUCCCCUUUGAGGAUGGAGGCGGUGGGCCAAACUGGUUCAAGGUGGAAGACAUUCAACGGCUGAUUGCAAGAGAGGGUGCUGCACCUUUCAAGUUUGUGUUUGUUUCAGCCUGUCACUCUGGUCUUGCUGGUGAAACGUUUGCAUCUGCUGGUGUUCCUCAUGUGGUGUGCUGCCAACAAGAAUUUGAACUGAAGGACACUGCUGCUCUUGCUUUUACUCGGCAGUUCUACUUGUCUCUAGUGGUCGGCCACACAGUCAGGGAAUCAUUUGAGCAAGGAUGCAAGGCAGUUAGAGCAACUCCAAAUCUAAGAGAUUCAGAGAAGGAAAUGAAGAAGUUCCUACUGCUUCCCAAGGAUGGAAACCACGAUGUGCCAAUCUUCAAUGCAAAGGCUGUUCUGGAAUGGCCAAAGGUCAAUGCUAGGCAGCUCAUGCGCUCUCGCUCAUCAAAACGGCCCAAGUCAAUCACAAGGAUGAGGAACUUGCACGUUGGAGGAGCAAGAAGUUCAGAGCUGGGUGUUCGGAAUAUGAUGCAGGAGGAUCCCUCGCCAACCCCUCCACAAUUCUUUCUGGGAAGGGAAGUGGAGAUGUAUUAUGUGUUGAAGGCAAUUCUGUGCAAGAGAUUGGUGAGUGUGGUAGCCGAGCCAGGGCUAGGAAGAUCUUCCCUGGUUUGUGCUCUUUGCCACUACAUCAAUGAGAGGGCUAGCACGAUCAUCGCAAUCGAAAGAAUAUACUUUGUCAAGGCAAAGCGCAGUCGCCGUGUUGAUGGUUGCAGAGCUUUGAUGGAACAACUCCUUCGUAAGCUCGUUGAGUCUGGGAAGGAGGAUCCUCCUGAUCCUGGAGUAGAUAUGGAGGAUCUCUUCGAUUUCAUCUGCAAGGCUCUCAAGAACGAAAAAGCACUGGUGGUGUUUGACAGGAUGGAGUACCUUGAGAAUUCGGAUGAUGCUGAGGAGUUCCCGAUGCUGCUUAGUACGCUCUUCCGCGGCACCAAGAAUGUGAAGGUUUUGGUGACUGGCAGUCACCCCCUUGGAAUACCUUCGCUUGGAGGGCAAGUGGAGUACCCUUUCCCUCUUGGACCUCUGACGUUCGAGAACACUCUGCGGCUAUUUGCCAACCUUUGUCCCCACUUGCACACAGCAGGGGAACGUCACAAACUGUUUGAGCGCCUGGCAACAGAUGGUGAACAAUCAGAAUUGAGACCCUCUGACUCUGGUAUCAAUGAGCGUACAAAGGCCAUCUUCAAGACAAUCGGCGACGGUAUCCCAUCGCGUAUCGAACAGGCUGCAUAUGAUAUCUCGAGCGACAACCUACGUGAGCUCCUCGAACGGUAUGGAUAG